AUGGCCGACACCGCAAGUGACCUCACCUGGACCCCGUGCCACGGCCGAGGAAACACAUGCCACUACAACAUCAAAUUUGCUGACGGGACUGCUGCCGUGGGUGAACUCUUUGCGGACACCAUCACGUUCGACGACAUCUCGACGAGUAACAUCAUGUUCGGAUGCAAUUACGCGCACAACAACUCGUUGCCCAUGGUUGGGUUUGGGGGCAGAGAGCUGUCGCUCGUGAAUCAGCUGGGCCAGGGGAGAUUCUCCUACUGCCUGGUGCCGGUGGCGGACGACAAAACCACGAGCAAGAUGAGUUUCGGCAAACCCGUCACUGGAGAAGGGGUUGUCGGUACCACUGCUGCGCCGACGCCCGAAACCAAGAGCUACUACGUUGUGGAGCUGGAAGGGAUGAGCUUCGGGAAGACGAUGCUGGACAAAUUUUCGGGCCUGCAAGAGAUGAUUCUGGAUAUAGGGACGACCUUGACACGGCUUCUGGGAGGCGUCACAGUUCACAUGGGCGGCGGGAAAGCCGUGACUUUGGGGUACAACAAUCUUUUGAUAAAUACAAGCAGUGGUAACGGUCAGGUGGUUUUAUGCCUGAUGGUGACACCAACCGGAGCACCUGCAUUGGGCAGCCUGGCACAAGCCGACUUUUUGGUGGGAUUCGACCUCAAACAACGCACUGUUUCAUUUAAGGAAACCAAAUGUGGCUAG